GCAGCGCUACUCAGUUGCUCGGCGAACGCGCGCCUGCUCGGACGCAGAGUCUGUGUUUGUUUUCAUCUCUCCGCUCUCUCUCCCUCUGUUACAUUCGCAUCAGUGUCCUCUCUCACUCCGUGCGUACAUGUGUGCCGCGAGAGACAAGCGACCGGCUCUCCGAUUAUGCGCCGUGGCGAGAUGUGAGGUUAUAAACCUACUUGUUUCUUGAGAGCCUUCGCACAUUAUCGCAGGAGGCGCGCGCCGGUUCGCGCAUUCGUGUGUUUCUCCGCAUCGCGUGCACUCGGGUGUUUACGUACAGAGAGAACAAGUGAGAAAGCCGAUAGUCGAGACAGAGAGGCAGAAAGAAAAAACGAUGCGGCCCGCGAGUGAAGUAGUGCCGAGUAUCAGUGACCUAGUAGCGGGUUGAGGAGCAGCAGCGAAAAUCUCCGAGCCGAGAGAGAGAGAAAUAGAGAGAGAAGAUCGAUCGAGAAAAGUGAGUGAAUCGAGAGUAGUAGCCGGCCAGCAGCAGCAGCAGCAGCAGUGCAGUAGGACAGAAGCGAGGAAAUGAUGAUGGCGCCGCAAGUCGUGGGUGUCCUCUUGAAGAAACCCGGCCAGCAACAGCCCAGCGCCGGACUGCACCCCAGGAUACCGCCGCUCGAUCCGCAGGAGACGAAAAUAAGAGGCGAACUCUACGUGGAGGACCUGUCGGAGCGUUGCUUCGUGUCGAUCCGGAUGGGCUACCUGUGGGUCGAGGGCACCCCGAUGAGGCUGGCGCUGCGAGCGCUGAACCUGCGCCAGGCCCCGCCGAGCAUCUGCCAGCCACACGCCCUCGCCCUUGGCUUCACCCUCAGCAACUCCCAGGGAGACUCCCUAGCCACGUUUUGGGCGGACACAGAGCCGAUCUGGUGGUCCUGGGUCCGGGCCAUAGCCGCGCAGAUUGUCCGGCAAACCCCCUUCCGUGCCCAGCGCUGCCUGAACUUCCUUGAGAUCCUAACGACCUGUCCCCGUGGGCCCUGCCCCCUACCCGACAGCCCCACCGACCAGCGCCGGCGUUCCCGCAGCGAGCUGCGCUGCUGGCCCACCAACGACCUCACGGUCGAGAAGAUCAGCAACGACUGCCACACCAGCUCCAUCCUCGAGGAGUCGCGACGCAGGGCGCGCAGCGAAUUGCGCGGCUGGUCCAGCAGCAACUCCAGCGACGAGGACCUCAUCGGCAGCAACGGCGUCGCCGUCCUGAGCGUCAUCAACGGCAAGAACCAGACGAACAUGCUCAUGCAGACGAGGGCCUGGGGCUGCAGCGAGAGCAGCGAGGGUAGCGACGACAGCCUACCCUGGGGCGCGGGCCUCUGCCGGUCCAGCGUCGACUCGGUCGACUCCGCCAUCUCCAUUCCCGAAGCCACGACUCGUGAGCAGAGGAUGCAGCGGUACAAGGAGGCCCGCAGGCGCGAGAACGAGGCCCGGAGGAAACAGGUGCUCGAGGAGGACGCCAGGCGGAGAAAGGCCAAGGCCGCGGCCGAGGAGAACAACAACGACAUUCUCCACGCCAGAAGCCCCAAGCUACGAGCCACCAGGCUGUUCGCCAACGACAACGAGGACGACUCCUCGCCGCUGAGCUCGCCGAAGGAGUCUCCCGUCUCCAGGCUCACCUCGUCGCCCUACAGAAUCGAGCAGACCAGCGUGACGGUCGAGAGGCUUCCGCCGGUGAAGCCCUUCAACGACGUGUCCGCCACGGUGAGGUUCGAGGACACGAGGCACCACGAGCCCGACGACAACCGGAACAACAACAACAACGCUAGGACCAACCAGCACAAUACCAACCUCACCAACGGCACGACCAAGCCCGCCGGCAUCCUGAGGACCGACACGAGCGAGCGCAGAAGUCGAGCCCGCGAGCGGCGGAGCGUGCGCGAGAGGAGCACCUUGCUCUCCUUACCGACGAUCGGUAACGGAAACAUAAACGUGGAGACCCUGAAGGAGCGCAAGGAGCGACUGAACGCGGGCGCAACGCCAAUCAGGUUCCCCGACAUCGCGAUGGACUGCACGGACGGCGGCAGGUCGGCCAGGGCAGCGGCAAUGACGACCUCGCUGUCGAUCCUGCGCGACCCACCCUGCGAGGAGGACGUGGCCAGGCUCCUGGAGCGCUGCCAGAGGGUGGAUCACUACGUGCCGGUGCGCGAGAAGCUGACCCUCUUCGAGUCGCUGUCCCGCAUGGGCGGCCGCCUGGCCAGGAGCACCGAAGACCUGGGCAGGUCGAGCUCGAACCCGAGCCCCAGAGGUAAGCAGCGGGCCAGGUCGCUGCACGACCUGAACCGAGGCGGGGCCAAGUCCGUGCCUGUGCGCGAGAUGUGCAGAUUCUUCGAAAACGGGCAGCCGGAGACUCCCGUCAUGGUCAUGGCGAAGAAGGAGGUGGCCAGGUCGAGGUACAGCGACUUCGGUCUCACUAACGGAAGCAGAAGCUUGUCGACCUGGAAGGACCCGCCGAAGAACCCCAACGCACCCUGUAUAAGGACUUCCACGAGAAGAAAGCAUUACGCCAAAUAAUGUGUUUGUGUUUUGUUGUUGGUUGGUUUUUUUUGACGAUUGAAUGAAAGACUAUCGUCGAUUUCUCCCGAAUAGUGCUUUAGUUCUGCCUUGAGUAAUGAGCGAAGUGGAGCACAGUGGAGAACGAUCGGGUUUGUUUAAAUAAACCGAUGAUAAAUGUUAUUUAUUUGACUGUUGAAGAGUGCAAAAAUCAAUUUUCGGUGCAUUGUUCUUAAAAAUACUUUGUUCAAUUUUACGACGUGGAAUAGUGUCGGUUGUUCUCUGCUGUGCUUGCUCAAUUUAUACACUGCUGUGAAGUUAUUGCGUAAAAUACUUAGGUGCUUUAGUUGAACGAUGUUUUGUUUGCUCGGGUGGUAUUUUCAUCGCAUUGAUUAUUUCACGAGAGUAAUUUGUUCGGUUGUUCAGACUACAAGCUGAAUGAGAGAAUUUUUUCGUCUAAUUAGCCAUGUGAGAAACUCGGCAAAAGUAACGCGCUCGGAUUCUUGUAGCGAGAAAAGUAUUAUGUCGUUCAUUGAGAGCUUAUCCUAUUCUUCGAAAUGAAUGAUCUUUUGUUCUUGUAAGUGCAUUUUUCUCAUUUCUAACGACUCUGGCGCUGAGCGCUAACAGAGCCAAGUGUGAGACUUUCCAUAAAUGAUUUCCUCAGUAUUCACAGGCCUCCGAACGAACCCUGAUUUCCAUAACGUUUUACGCGAUUCAGAGAUAGCGCGGAAUUUUAAUUUUUCAACGAUUUGAUUUAGUCGCGGAUAAAUUAUUCACGUGGGGUAAUUAUGGAAAAUCAAAGUACGCAACUCGAGCAAGGGACUGUGUUUCAAUAUGUGAGUAUUCGACAGCUGUUACAUCUGUUAAUGUUGUGUUAUAAGAAAUAUGUCUGUCUUGUGUGUUGAUCAUUUCUAAGACGAUGAAAAAUUUACUGUUAUAAUGCGUGUAUAACUGAGUUUCGACGGAUGAAAUUGAAUUGCAGCAGCGGCAAUGGUCAAAGAGGCCUAUUUAUAAAUUAGUCUGAUAAUCUGUGAUUAACCGUCAUUUUUAUAAAUUGAAUGUUACACUUGUUUGUAUUGAAGAAUGUGCUUCUGGCCAUCGUUGCUCGUCACUGUAAUUCGCUGAAAAAAUUAUUGUCAAUCGGUGUUUUUGUCGGAUGAAAAACUGCAAAAAUCACAAAAAUCUUUUGUUCUGUUCACCGUGUACGUCCUUGCUUAUUGGAAGCAAAAGAGAGAACAGCGCUAUUCGUGUGUGUUCCUGCAUUAAACUCGUGUUCCGUGAAAUAUUUAUCAAUAUUUAUUCUCAACGCGCGAAAUCGACGAAGAUGUACGAACAAAAAAAAAAAAGAAAAAGAAUGAAGAAGAAGACGAACCCGUUCUUUUCUCUUCUUAAAAAAAAAGAACACAGCGCGCAUACACGUGUAUACGCGUCGUUAAUCAACCGGAUGGGGCGCAAUUAAUCGAAGCUCGAGUUCGCUCUCUCGAACGAGCUGUGCGCUCGAGUCGAGAAAAAAAAUGAAGCGGCGGCGGCGCUUUUCGCUACACACCGGGGAGAGAAAGUCGCCGCCGCCGCUCGUCAGUGCAUUUAAGAACUCGAAUGGCGUGCUUACAGUGCGAGGUGCGAGAGGAUUUUGAUGAGAAAUUAAUGAUGAAACGUAUUCUUUGGCGAUUUUUGCGGUGGAAGUUUCACUCGUUAAACGCAAAAUUGAGCACGACAUCACCUGCGCGGCUCUUUCGUUCGAUCUUUUUUUUCUGCAUCUCUCUCUCUCUCUCUCUCUCUUGCUCUUUCGGUGCAGUCGCUUAUUAAUACUCUUACGAACGAUGGGAAGAUUACGGCGAGUCUUCAUAAAGCCCUUAUUCAUGUGGUUACCGCAAUUAGCAAUGAUUAAUCGCGACGAAAUUUAAUCGUAAAAUUGGCAGCGGCAAAAACGAAGGAGCGAAUCAUCGAAGUGAAACCGUCACCGCAAGAAAUUUGCAGCGAAGUGAAAGAGAGCCGGCCUGCACACGAGGGAACGUAUAGGCGAGCGAAAGAAAAGCAAGCCGUGUUGCUGCGGCCGUGAAAAAUCGACGAACGAAAAGGUAAACACAGGCGAGAGACAGUCGCCGCAGAGCGGCAUUAUAAUAAAGAAAAUGGAGGGCGAGAAAGAAAGUAACAAUGACGGGGCGCUAGGAAAAAGUGCGAAAUGGAAAUCGGCGAGACAAUCGCUGCUGCGAACGCGCCGAACGCAAGUGGCACACCGCGUGUAUCGAGAGAGUUCGUUAACUCAAAGCCGGCCCCGGAUCAUUAGACCCCUCGAACAUGCCUCGAGUUUUCCCGGCCGACCUUGGCCAGCUCGGUUUUUCAUCCGGUCGUCCCUCUCGGAGAUUAGAAGCAGGUUCAGUAGAUUACCUUUUACGUCGGGAGGAGGAAAAGUUUCGAUUGCAAAAAAUAAACAAACGCAUGGCAUCUCGCGCAUACGCGGUACUUUCGAGUGCAUUCGCACGUGAAGAGAACCUUUCGUUUCGACUUUCCCGCGCGCGUAGAGCAACUGUGUCGAGCCGAUAGAAGAAGAAAAAAUAACGCGUGGCUCGCCGAAUGGAGAUCAAUCGCAUUCGGAAGCGACCUUGAGCGCGAGCGUUCGCAGUUACUCGACCCGGAAAAUCUCUUCCUUCGCUCGAGAACGCUCAUUUCCCGUCGCGGCUGCGGCCGCUGCUGAAAUCGGGUCAGUCAGUCGAGCGGCAUCCGCAAUCUUUCAAUUUCGCCCCGGGGUGAUUUAUCUGUCGUCUCGAAACUCUUCACGGUGUAGAGAUGAAUUUUGUUAUUCUGGAUCAGGAGUGUCUCUCGCCUGCGUUUGAAAAGGAAAACAACCUGUGUGCGUAUUGUGUGUAUUGUCGACUGUUCGAUUGGAAGCUACGAGAAAGAGACGAGGCAAUCUUCCACGUUUUCGAGGCGUCGAAAGCAGUUACGUUGGAAAAUUGGCGACUUCCAUCUCACUCUCUCUCUCUCUCUCCCACGAUGGCAUGUGUACGCGCGAUGACUGAUGAGAAUGCUUCGGGAGGGGGAGAGAGCGAGAGAGAGAGAGAGAGAGAGAGAGAGAGAGAGAGAGAGAGAGAGAGAGGAGAGAGAAAAAGCCGGUAGAGUAAACGUGAUGAAAAUCGCCGUACGAUUGUAUGACAAUGUACUGAGAUUCAGUAGACUGUGUAAUCUCUUCUCGUUUAGAUCAUAACCACUCAUCUUGUAAGAUAUACUCGUUUAUUUAAGUCGCACUCAUUAUUUAAGCACCCAGCGAUGUAACGGUGGAGAAAAAAAAGAACGAAAACCACUCGGUCACGAUUCUCGCCGCGGAGAGAGAAAAUUCUCCGGCGAGUCGGAAUUUAUAAUCGAAUUCGUAGACGUAGACGUAAGAAUUGUACAUAUAUUAUUCAUGUAACUCAUAAGCGUUCAUGCGCACUCACACUUACACAUACACACAAUCGAUUCGAUCGCGCAGUGCCCGAAACACUCGGGCUUGUGCGCGCUAGUAUUUACGAAACAAACGAAUGUAAUCGAACGAAGUUUAUAGGCAAAAAUAAGUAUCUAUCAAAAUGUAUAACGAUGAAAAAAAGAAAAAAGAAAGAAAAAAAAAAUAAUCGCGUUUGAUUAAGUCGACGGCCGAGCGCGUUGUAAUCGGCCGUUCGCCAAAGAGGUUCUCUAGUCCCUCGCGAGUCUGAGACACGAAUAAACAAGAUUAAGAAGAAGCAGAGGAUUAAUUCGAAAAUCAGCGAAGCGGAUGGAAAUUCAGAAGCGCUCAUGUAUGUAAAUAUAUAUAUAUAUAUAUAUAUAUAUAUAUAUAUAUAUAUAUAUAUAUAUAUAUCCCUCUCUCUCUCUCCAUGUAUACGUCGCAACGUUGUAAUCGAUAAACAAGCUAUCCGUGAUAAAUAGACAGACAGACACAGUAGUUACUGCGGGGCCCCCCUAUACGGUCCCGCCGCGCGAGUUUGUAUUUGUAUUUACGUUUGUUAUACUUGUAAUAAAAGGGACGAAUAAUAAUAGUCGUUAUAUAAAGGAA